AUGGCACCAAAAAGGAAGACAGCGAAUGUUGACCACGAGGGUGACUACAACUUAGUUGAUAAUUUAGCUGGUUUGAUUCAGCAACAGACUAGAAUGCAUGGCGAACAGAUACAAAAAUUGUUCGAUAUGCAACAGCGAACCCACGAACAAAACCAACAACCUCCUCCACAAGCAAGACACGAUAACUCGCUUACCGUGUAUGAGAAGUUUCGUAAAAUGGAACCGGUUGAUUUCUAUGGUGGGUCUGAUCCUAUGGUUGCGGAAGAAUGGGUUAAAUCUCUAGAUGUCAUCUUUGACUACAUGCGUAUCGAAGAUUCCGAGAAAGUACUUUGUGCCAUUUUCCUAUUGAAGAAAGAAGCUAGAACUUGGUGGGAGGGUACAAAACUUGCAGUGGAUAUGGAGAAGUUGACAUGGGAGGCAUUCAAAACAAUCUUUUAUGAUAAGUAUUUCACGAGGGAUGUCCGGUCACUCAAAGUUAAAGAGUUCUUAGAAUUGAAGCAGAAUGAAAUGUCCGUAUGUGACUACGUGCGAAAAUUCGAGGAGGGUUGCAAGUAUGUACCUUACAUAGCUAAAGAUAACAAAGAAAAGAUGGAUCACUUCAUGAGAGGCCUCAACCCAGUUAUUAGAAAAGAUGUAAGGAUCUCUUCUCCAAACGAGUUUUGA